ACACAUUUGCUGUGGUAUUUGGAUAGGUCAGUAGACUGAAGAAGCUGUUUGAAUCUAUUUAAGAAUUUGGUUACAGAAGUACAUUUGGGAAGUCUUUCUUGUGCAUUACCAGAUCCGUGAAGGCAAUAGAAUAUUUUAGUGCCUAAUUUCUUUACUGUUCUCUUACAUAUCAACUACAUUUGCAGCCAGCAAAUUUUAAGGAGUGACCAGAAUGAAUUAUGUCCGGAUGUGUCUGAAACUAAGUGGAUGAUCUUUCAUUGACAUGGAACUGGAGAUUAUGCAGCCUGUCAAAAUGAGCCUGUUGGAUAUUACCAAGAUAUUUUCCAUGUUCCAGCCAAAAGAUGAAGAUGACAAUGGGGAAAGAAGUCAGUUGAACCAAGCAAUCUCUAAAGAUGAUGACAAACUGUUAGCUGAACUCCUAUCCCAGGAGAGGUACACUAGAUUUGUUAAUAGCCGGAGUGGGUGGGGUAUUCCAGGAACCCCCCUACGUUUAGCAGCUACUAGUGGUCAUCUGAAAUGUCUGGAGGUCCUCCUAGCUCAUGGUGCUGAGGUGGACAGUUUGGAUGUGAAGGCUCAAACCCCUUUGUUCACUGCUGUUAGUGGUAGGCAUUUAGAUUGUGUCCAGGCUUUGCUCAGGGCAGGAGCUAAUCCCAAUGGUAGUAAGUAUAACAACAGUUCACCUAUUUUGAUUGCUGCCAGAGAAGGGGAGGUGGAGAUUUUGAAGGAACUGUUGGAACAUGGGGCAGAAGUCAAUGUCCGCUCCAAGAUACCGGACUGGGCCUCCAAUCCCUGUGCUUGCAGUGGUCCUCUCUAUCUUUCUUUGGUGUAUGGACACUUUGACUGCUUUCGGCUUCUUCUCUUAUAUGGAGCCAACCCAGAUUUUAACUGCACCGAGGAGAGACUACUGGCAAGAAUUAAAACACCAAAGAGUGCUCUGGAGAUGUGUUUCAGAUAUGGUUGUGGGACUGAAUAUGUCCAGCUGCUCAUAGACUUUGGAGCGAACCUUUAUUUACCAGAUCUCUCUGUGGAUAAAAAUAUAAAGCAAAAUGAAGUGUUUAAACUUCUAACCAGAGCCAGAGCUCAACCAAGGUGCUUGAUGUCACUGUCUAGGAUAAUCAUUCGCAAAUACCUCAAACAAGGAAGUGGACUACAUUCCAUUGAUCAUCUGGACAUACCACCACUCCUAAAAAAUUAUGUGAAACACCAGAUCUGAGUUGACUGUUGAUUUUAACAUAUUUUGUGCCAUAUGGGGAUGAGAUAAAUUUGGCCAAAAGCCCAUCUUUAUCAUGUGUGAUUUUGUGAUUUUAAAAUGGUUCAAUCGCAUCUGCAACAGAGUUGGUCACAGGUACAGCAUUUUACUUCAACAGUUAUGAAACCAAUUGGAUUUUUGCAGGUUGUAAUUGUAUUGUGUCUUGCCUCAUGAAGCAAUUUUCAAGCUUCACCUCUCGAGUGCAUACGGGAAAUUUAGUUUUUUUUCUCACCUCUUGCUAGUAGAAUUUCUUAAUUUAACUUGAAGAUACUAUGCUAUUAUAUAAAUAAUUCCAUAAUUAAAAAAAAUAAUUCAUGGGGCAUGGGCAUCGUUGGUGAGGCCAGCAUUUCUUACCUGUCCCUAAUUCCUCUUGAACUGAAUGGUUUGCUAGGCUAUUUCAGAGGGAAAUGAAAGAGUCAAGCACAUUACUGUGGGUCUGGCAUCAUAUGUAGACCAGACCAGGCAAGGACGGCAGAUUUCCUUUCCUAAAGGACACAAGUGAACCAGAUGGGUUUAUACAACAAUCAAUGAUAGUUUCAUGGUCACCAAUACUGAGGUUAGUUUUCAAUUCCAGAUUUAGGAAUUGAAUUUAAAUGCCACCAUCUGCUGUGGUGAGAUGUGAGGCCAGGUGCCCAGACCACUAGCCUGGCCCUCUAGAUUACUAGCCCAGUGGCAUUACCACUAUGCCAUUGACUCUCCAAAGGGGACUUAAAAAGAUUUUGUUAAACAUGGUACUUUUAUAAUAUAGUAAAUCACAAAAUAUUUAGACAAUUUAUUAGAAAGAACACAUGCUGUAAAGUGAUGUUCUAUUUAUUAAAUAGAUAAGACUUGUAGUACAUUAACUGUUUCGUUAAUUAUUUAUUUGAUUACAUCUACAAUUGAAAAGCAGGCUCAAACUCAGUGCUGUCAUGUUUUCCUUUACUGUUAUAAUUUGUUUAAGUGCAAGUGUGUGGGCACUGGGUAAGGACAGAAUUUUGAUGCCCUCCACAUUGACGUGCCUGCUGACACUUAUAAGGGCCUCAUUUUAACUCUGUGUAAGUGAAUGGGUUUUCAGUGGUUAAAUUGGGGCCCUAAUGUCUAGGCUUACAGAUUAAGAGUGGUUACUUAUGUUAGGUACCACUGGUACCUGGUGAACCAGGAGGGAAGAAAACUGGAUGACAGCGGGGAAAAAAUAAAAAGAGGCAUCCAUUAAAAGAAAUAGAGUUCCUCUCCUGCCUUAAAAAUUUUUAUAGUUUGUGAAGUAUGAAAAAUAAAAAGUAUAAAAAACACUUAAGUUAUCACUUUUUUUGAAGUAUUACCAAGAAAUAUUAUGUUGUUCCCAUGUACUCCAUAAAAUACAGGAUACACUCCAGAUAUUAAAUGACUGUAUCUUAUGCAAAUAAAUGGACAUGAAGUA